AUGCGCGCUAUUGUGAUACAUGAAAUAGGUGGCCCAGGGGUGUUGAAGCUCCAGACGGUCCCCAAACCAAUCCCGACGGCGGGACAGGUACGCAUACGUAUCAAGUCCUUUGGGCUUAACCGGUCGGAAGUAUUCACGCGCCAAGGUCAUUCACCCGGUGUGAUAUUUCCGCGUAUUCUGGGCAUCGAAGCAGCUGGGCUUAUCGACCAUGCAGAUCCGGACUCAGGCUUUGACACUGGCGAGGUCGUUGUCACUGCAAUGGGCGGUAUGGGCCGUACCUUUGAUGGUGGAUAUGCCGAAUACACAGUAGUGCCGGCCAGCCAAGUGCGACGCGUCAAUGUCACUGCUGCCUUUGGGCUCGAUCGGCCCGUGCCUUGGGACAUCUUGGGCGCUCUUCCUGAACUUAUGCAGACCGCUUGGGGAUCAUUGUUCACUAGUCUCGAGCUCAUUCCCAGCGACCGCUUGCUUAUCCGCGGCGGAACUACCAGCGUGGGGUUGGCGGCUGCGGCUCUUGCUCGAUCGCAUGGGGUCUCUGUUACCGCGACAACACGCAACCAAACACGCGUAGAGUUCUUACGUGGCCUCGGUAUUGAGGAUGUCAUUCUCGAUGGCGGAUCGAUAUUGACCGAGGUCCAGAAACGGGCUCCGUUCAGCAAAAUCCUUGAGCUGGUUGGGGUAACCACUCUAGAGGACUCUCUGCGGUGUGUGGCGCCUGGUGGUACUGUCUGUAUGACGGGUAUAGCUGGCAAUAAAUGGACCUUUGACCAAUUCACGCCCAUGUCAUCAAUACCGACAUCCGUUAAGCUGACCACCUAUGCGAGCACUACAGAGGCCGUACUGAAAACGCCCAUUGAGAAGAUUGCUCGAGAUCUAGCGUCAGGCAAGAUUCAGCUGCCAAUUAAGACCUUUCCACUAGAGGAAAUUGUGGAGGCCCAUCGAAUAAUGGAAGAAGAGGGGGCAUUGGCCAAGAUUGUGAUGAUUGUUUAA